UCCCCCUCCCCCAAAAGGAAAAUGGCUUUGGAGAUGAAUAAUUUCCUUUCUUGGAUUUUGUUUUGUCUAGCAGCAAUGGUCUCCACCAUUUUCUUCAAACACAGGAAACGAUGUUACGGUGCAAAGAGGAAACUACCACCAGGGCAGCUUGGACUGCCAUUGAUUGGUGAAACAAUGGAGUUCUACAAAGCUCAACGCAGUAACCGGUUGUUCGAGGAGUUCAUCGAACCCCGCGUUGCCAAGUACGGGAAAAUCUUCAAAACAAGCCUCAUGGGAUCACCAACUGUUGUUGUCAAUGGAGCCGAAGCCAACCGGUUCAUAUUGUCGAAUGAGUUCAAGUUGGUGGUAAGCUCAUGGCCUUCAUCGUCAAUUCAGCUCAUGGGGAAAAACUCAAUCAUGGAGAAACAAGGGGAACAACAUCGUUUCCAUCGAGGUUUAAUAACCUCUUCCCUCAGCAGUACAGCGUUGGAGACUUUUGUGCCUAAAAUAUGCAUGGCAGUUCAAUUACACCUUCAAAAAUACUGGCGGGGAAAGGAUAGUGUUAGGCUUUAUCGUUCAACCAAACUUUUGACAUUCACCAUAGUGUUCGAAUGCUUGUUAGGGAUCAAUGUGGAGCCACAAAUGUUGGACACUUUCGAGAGGGUUUUGGAAGGUGCUUUUGCUCCACCACUCAACUUCCCUGGUUCUAAAUUUUCAAGAGCCAAGAAAGCAAGGGCGGAGAUUGUAAAGAUAUUAGAGAAAGUAGUGGGCGAAAAGAGAAAAGAAAUGGAAAAUUGCAGCAUGGUUGGAGAGGAAAAUGGAUGUAUGCUACUCUCAAGAUUGGUGGGUGCAAUGAUUCGAGGGGAACUCUGUGAGGAAGAGGUUAUUGACAAUGUAGUUUUGCUGGUGUUUGCAGCUCAUGAUACAACUUCCUUCGCCAUUGCCAUGACCUUCAAAAUGUUAGCUCAGCAUCCAGACUGCUACUCUAAAAUCCUUCAAGAACAUGAUGAAGUAAAGAAGACAAAAAAGGCAGGUGAAAUGCUGACAUUAGGGGACGUGAAGAAAAUGGAGCGCACAUGGCAAGCUGCACGAGAAUGCAUGAGGCUGUUCCCUCCGAUCUUCGGGUCUUUUAGGAAAACAGUUGCGGACAUUGAAUAUGAAGGAUUCACCAUUCCCAAAGGAUGGAAGGUGUUAUGGACAGCGUAUGGAACACAUUACAAUGAGGAAUACUUCAAAGAUCCAUUACGUUAUGAUCCCAGCAGGUUCCAGGAAUUCGUGCCGCCCUAUGUUUAUGUUCCCUUUGGAGGAGGGCCAAGAACUUGUGCUGGCUAUCAGCUGGCCAAGUUGAAUAUAUUGAUCUUCCUGCAUUACGUAGUCACUGCUUACCAUUGGUCAUUGCUCCAUCCUAAUGAGCCAAUCAUUAUGGAUCCUCUCCCUCUUCCAUCUAAGGGAAUGCCUAUCAACAUUUCUCCCAAGCUUACCACAACCCCAAAUUGAUUCCCCUUUUUUCCCUAUUUAAUUAUUUUCUUUUUACACAAUUUAAAUAUAUUCUUUUCUAUUCUUUGUC